AUGUGGAGAAGAAAAGGGAAGAAAUUGCCACCAGGUCCGUUGGGGUUGCCAGUAAUUGGACAUAUGCACGUGUUCGCAGAUAUGGCUUCCGAGCUGAUUUCCUUGGCCAAUAACGUUAUUUCUAGAAUGGCCAUGAGUACCCGCUGCUCUAGCACAGAUGCGCAGGCUACUGAGUGCAGGAAGAUUGUACAGGAGGUGAUAGAGCUCACUGGGAAGUUCAACCUGGAAGAUUAUAUAUUCUUCUGCAAGAACCUCGAUUUGCAGGGCUAUGAACGUCAGAUGAAAGAUGUUCACAGGUGUUUUGACAACAUUAUGAAUCGGAUCUUAGAGCAGCAUGAACAACAAGCAGCAGAUGACAAUGAUAAUGAUGAUGACAAUGGCAAUGGCCGGCCCAAGGACCUCAUUGAUAUUCUCCUCUCCAUUUCUAAAGACAAGCAAGCUGAAGUGAAAUUCACUAGAGAAAAUAUCAAGGCCACCGUCCUGGAUUUAUUCACUGAGGGUACAGAUACUUCAUCAAUUGCUACUGAAUGGGCACUCUCUGAGGUUAUAAGAAAUCCUGAAAUCUUGAAUAAAACUCGUGAGGAAAUUAAGGAGGUGGUAGGAAGUGGGAGACUUGUUGAAGAAUCUGAUAUUCCCAAGAUGGUUUAUCUUCAGUCAAUAGUGAAGGAGAGCCUACGUCUGCACCCUCCUGGGCCAUUAGCACUGAGGGAAUCCACAGAGGAGUGCAAUAUAGAUGGUUAUUUUAUCCCUGUACAGACAAGAGUAUUUAUUAACAUCUGGGCUUUAGGACGAGAUCCGAAACACUGGGAGAAUCCUCUUGAAUUUCGACCAGAGAGAUUUAGUGAGAGCAGUAUUGAUGUGAGAGGUCAGCACUUCCAGAUUCUACCAUUUGGAGGUGGAAGAAGAGGAUGCCCUGGAAUUUAA